ACGAAGAAAAUAAGUGAAAAUUCAUUCCACGAGUUCAUUUUUCGCAAGUGUAUUUGGUGCCACAAAUUGUCUUUUCUUUCUCUGUCGUUCGUCGUCUUCGAUUCUUCCCCAAAUCUCAAAACCCCGUCGGAGGGGGCAUCGUGGUUCAUUCCAUUCUCCUCAAAAUUUUGCGACUUUUUAAACCCCUGAUUGGAUUUUCUAUCUGGGUGAUCGUUUACCCGAUCGAUCCGUGUGUUUAAGUUCAGAGAAUUAGCAUUCGUCUCGGGGUUUAAUAUAGUUUAUGCAUUAAAAAUCCCAUCUCAGUGGGAAGUUUAAGGUGUUGUGAUUUGGGGAAAAAUGGAAUCGAGUCGAAGAGCAGUGGAGUCGUACUGGCGGUCGCGGUUGAUCGAUUCAGCUACGUCCGAUGAAGAUAAAGUCACGCCCGUUUACAAAUUGGAGGAAAUCAGCGAGCUUUUGCGUUCUUCGCAUGUUAGUAUUGUGAAGGAGGUUUCGGAGUUUGUCUUAAAACGUUUGGAACAUAAAAGCCCAAUUGUGAAACAGAAGGCUUUAAGAUUGAUAAAGUAUGUGGUUGGGAAGUCGGGCGUGGAGUUCAGAAGGGAAAUGCAGAGACAUUCAGUGGCGGUUCGUCAGUUGUUUCACUACAAGGGACAGUUGGAUCCUUUGAAAGGCGAUGCACUAAAUAAGGCCGUGAGAGACACUGCUCACGAGGCUAUCUCUGCCAUCUUUUCAGAAGAGAAUAGUAAGCCAGCACCCGCUGAAGAUCUAAACCGGCGGAUACAAGGGUUUGGGAAUAAAAACUAUGAACCGCCACAGGAAGAUAAAAAAUCUUUUAUCAGUGAGGUUGUUGGUAUUGGAAGCGCGUCAAUUAAGCAAGGGCUUAAUAGCUUAACACAGGGACAUUCGCUGAUGAAAAAUGAUCCCGGCAGCUAUAAGAGUCCAAAUCUUCGAAGAUCGUUGACAAAUGAAACAGAACAUGGUGACAGAUAUGAACCAAUUUCGUAUCAUAAUGAAGCUCAGAGUAGUUUUGGAGGUUCAAAGAAUCAAUCUUCUGGUCCUUGGAAUCAGGAUUCAAGAGUAACUAAGACGGAAACAUCAAAUGGGGAUUCUGGUGCAAGUUAUGUAGAGAGUAAGACAAGAGAGCAUAAGUUGCUGGAGACAAUUGUAACUUCAGGAGGUGUUCGCCUGCAACCCACUCGUGAUGCAAUUCAAGCUUUCCUAACGGAGGCUGCAAAGUUAGAUGCAUUGGCUUUAUGUCAUGCCCUUGAACUGAAGCUUCAAUCUCCAAUUUGGCAGGUUCGCAUGAAAGCUGUUUGUGUCCUUGAGUCCAUUCUGAGGAAGAAGGAUGAUGAUCAUUUUUCACUGGUGGAAUCUUACUUCACUGAAAAUAGAGAUGUGGUGCUGAGAUGUUCUGAAUCUCCGCAAGUCUCUUUACGGGAAAGGGCUGCAAAGGUUCUUAGUCUUUUAGGUGGAGGCCAGUCAAACAACUCUGCAAUUAAUUCAGAGAAUGCUGUGAAAACAGAGAAUGCUGCUGUUGUGGAGCUGCCUAAUUUGAUAGACACUGGUGAUUCAGAUGAUUAUCACGGAACUGAGGACACUCUAAACAGUGUAACAGAUCAAAAUAUAUCAACUUUGACAUCCACUCCUCUGGUUGAUGAUUUAUUUGGAGAUUUCAGCAGCUCUAUUGGGGCUAGUCAAGAAAUAAAAAAUGAUGAUGAUCCAUUUGCUGAUGUUUCAUUUCACACAAGUGAGAACAAAGAAAAUGCUGAUGAUCUCUUUUCUGGGAUGACUGUUGGUAGUGAUAAGCAGAGCAAUCACGCCAAUCACAGGCAGGGGAAUAUGGGUGAUCCUGAACUUUUUGACAUUUUUACUUCCAAUUCUGAGCACGGAAACCAGAAGGAGCUUGUCACUGAUUUAAUGGGCGGUCUAUCAAUGGAUGAAAAUACCUCAAGUACGACGCAGAAGGGAGCAUCUCCUUCCAUGCAAUUUGAAUCUUUAUUUUCAGGCUUAACUGACCAUAUUCCUGGCAAUACUUCAGAUGGCAUGUUGAGCUCUCAGCCAAUGGGGUUGAAUGUAAAUCCCAUUUUUCCUAAUGGUACUCUGCCUUUUAAUAUGCAACCUGGCUUCAUGUUGAACCAAGCUUAUUCUUCCCAGCCUCUUAAUUACGGUGCCAUGGGAACUCUUUUGGCUCAACAGCAAUUCUUAGCAACAAUGGCUAAUUUCCAACACCUUAAUAAUAUCAACAUGCGAGAUGAUGGUGUUGCUCAAAUGGCUGGACCGAAUGGAAAAUCACCCUUGCCAGACAUAUUUCAACCAAAUUUUCAAACUCAAACUCCUAGCUCAAUGAUCAACACCUCAAGGAAAGAAGAAACUAAAGCAUUUGACUUUAUCUCUGACCAUAUGACCUCUUCUCGUGAUUCAAGGAGAAUGAUUUAAACUUUAGAUCUUGUGUUGUUAUGGAGGAUUAUUUACGGUGUGGAAUUGCUGGACAUUAAUAGAUAAAAAAUGUUCAUAGUUUCGUUACCUGUGCAAAAUGUUGAUUUUCUUGGCAGUGAUGGAGCUCUAUAAAUGAAAUUCUACAUGUCCAUGUUGACAGCAAAAUAAUAAAAUGAGAAUACAUUUUGGACAUGAAGAGAUUCAAAAUGGUUGUCGCUUUGAAUUAGAUUUUAGCAUAAGAAUGUUGUGUAGCACUGUAAUGUUUUAUUUUCUUGAGUAUGUUGUGUAUGUAGUUAAUGGUUGAGAUAUUACAACUGUAAUUCAGGCUUCAGGUAAAAUACAACUCAGUUUUUUCAAA